AAACCCAUCAAAACAGAGUUCCAAGUUCCAUUCCAACUUCUUUUUAAGCAUUUCAUCUUAAAACAGUACUUAAUAAUAAAGCAAAUAAAAAAAAAAAAAAAUUUAGAAGAAGUGCAAAGAGAGAAGAAGACGAUGGGUUGCUGCGGGUCAGCUCACCGGGCGGAGCACCAGAACCACCAGCUCCACCACCAGAACCACCGCCCCUCUCUAUCUCUCCACCAGGGCCUGCUCGCCGGCGGCGAGACUCCUCCCUUCUCCGAGUACUCUCUCGCCGACCUAAGGUCCGCCACCGGCGGCUUCUCCUCUGAGAACAUCGUCUCUGAAGGCGGCGGCAAAGCCCCCAAUCUCGUCUACAAAGGCCGUCUUCAAGGCCGUGGCUGGAUCGCCGUCAAGAAAUUCUCCAAGCUCGCUUGGCCUGAUGCCAAGCAAUUCGCUGAGGAGACGAGAGGUGUUGGGAGAUUGAGGCAUUCAAGGCUUGCUAAUUUGAUUGGGUAUUGUUGUGAUGGUGAUGAGAGGUUGCUUGUGGCGGAGUACAUGCCCAAUGAUACUCUUGCUAAGCAUCUCUUCCAUUGGGAAAACCAAAGCAUUGAAUGGGCUAUGCGCUUACGUGUUGCUCUCUAUAUAGCCGAAGCCUUGGAAUAUUGCAGCAAUGAAGGACGGGCGUUAUAUCAUGACCUGAAUGCAUAUCGAGUUCUCUUUGAUGAGGAUGGUAAUCCGCGUCUUUCAUGCUUUGGUCUAAUUAAAAAUAGCCGGGACGGCAAAAGUUAUAGCACCAACCUUGCUUACACUCCUCCAGAGUAUUUACGAAACGGAAGGGUUACUCCUGAAAGUGUGAUAUUCAGCUUUGGUACCAUUUUAUUGGAUCUUCUUAGCGGAAAGCACAUUCCACCAGGUCAUGCUCUCGAUAUGAUAAGAGGUAACAAUAUUGUCCUCCUAAUGGAUUCUCAUUUGGAAGGCAAAUAUUCAACUGAAGACGCCACUGCAUUAGUGGAUCUAGCUUCUCAAUGUUUGCAAUAUGAACCGAGGGAGCGGCCCAAUAUAAAAGAUCUUGUUGCCACUCUUAAGCUAUUGCAAGCCAAACCAGAGGUUUCAUCAAAUGUGUUGCUAGGAAUUCAGAAACAAGAGGAGGCUCCCCCAGCUCCGCAACGCACGCUCUCACGCAUGGGUGAAGCGUGUGCUCGAAUGGACCUCACCGCCAUCCAUGAGAUCCUAGUUAUGACACACUACAAAGACGAUGAAGGAACUAAUGAGUUAUCAUUCCAGGAAUGGACACAACAGAUGAGGGAUUUGCUUGAGGCUAGGAAGAGAGGCGACUUUGCUUUUCGUGAUAAAGAUUUUAAGACGGCAAUAGACUGCUAUUCUCAGUUUGUAGAUGUGGGGACAAUGGUUUCACCGACAGUGUAUGCGAGAAGAAGCCUAUGUUACCUCAUGUGUGAUCAACCUGAUGCCGCCCUUCGGGACGCGAUGCAAGCUCAGUGCGUUCAUCCAGAUUGGCCGACCGCCUUCUACAUGCAAGCAGUGGCCCUUGCGAAGCUUAACAUGGACAGUGAUGCGACGGACAUGUUGAAUGAAGCCGCAGCCCUAGAAGAGAAGAGGCAAAAGGGUAGUGGAAGAGGUUCCUGAAUGGGUUCAGUGAAACACAAAAAUGAUGCAUUCCUUUGUAAAUUUCAAAGGCUAGUAACAGUGAGGAGAUGUACACUGUAACCAACAAUGCAUGAUUGAAUUUAUAUUAAUGUAAUUAUAUGAACAGAUUUCUUACAGAGUUACAAAUGUAUGACUCAAGCUAUGAAAAGUUCGGCUUUGCCAUCAAUGAACAGGCUCAUGAAUUCCUCUC